GCUAUUAAUCCACAGCCAUUCCUCCAUAAAUCCCUUCUCUUUCACAGUCUCCAGAGCACAAUCCAAUCCUUGUCGUCGGCGCAGAGCUUGAAGAUCUCCAUCAAUGGCGACCCAGGGCCAGGUCAUCACCUGCAAAGCGGCGGUGGCGUGGGAAGCGAAUAAGCCACUGGUGAUUGAGGAUGUGCAGGUGGCGCCGCCGCAAGCCGGCGAGGUUCGGAUUAAGAUCCUCUUCACCGCUCUUUGCCAUACCGAUGCCUACACUUGGAGCGGCAAGGAUCCUGAGGGUCUAUUUCCUUGUAUUCUUGGCCAUGAAGCUGCAGGGAUUGUUGAGAGUGUUGGUGAAGGUGUAACUGAGGUUCAGCCCGGAGACCAUGUUAUACCUUGUUAUCAAGCUGAAUGCAGGGAAUGUAAGUUCUGUAAAUCUGGAAAGACUAAUCUCUGUGGCAAAGUUCGGGCAGCUACUGGUGUUGGUGUUAUGAUGAAUGACAAGAAGAGUCGAUUCUCGAUUAAUGGGAAACCCAUUUAUCAUUUCAUGGGCACAUCUACUUUCAGUCAAUACACAGUUGUUCAUGAUGUUAGUGUUGCAAAAGUUGAUCCACAGGCCCCAUUGGAAAAGAUCUGUUUGCUUGGCUGCGGUGUGCCAACUGGUCUUGGAGCAGUUUGGAAUACAGCAAAGGUAGAGGCCGGUUCCAUUGUUGCUGUUUUUGGUCUUGGAACAGUUGGGCUUGCAGUUGCAGAGGGGGCAAAAGCAGCUGGUGCUUCCCGGAUCAUUGGAGUAGAUAUUGAUAGCAAAAAAUAUGACACUGCAAAGAAUUUCGGGGUUACUGAAUUUGUGAACCCAAAGGAUCAUGAUAAGCCAAUUCAGCAGGUACUUGUUGACCUCACUGAUGGUGGUGUUGACUACAGCUUUGAAUGCAUAGGAAAUGUUUCUGUGAUGAGGGCUGCUCUAGAAUGUUGCCAUAAGGGAUGGGGAACAUCAGUUAUUGUUGGUGUUGCGGCAUCUGGACAGGAGAUAAGCACUCGGCCUUUCCAACUCGUCACAGGCCGUGUUUGGAAAGGAACUGCAUUUGGUGGCUUCAAGAGCCGCUCGCAAGUGCCAUGGUUGGUCGAUAAAUACAUGAAAAAGGAAAUCAAGGUGGAUGAGUAUAUCACUCAUGAGCUAACACUGGGAGAGAUUAACAAGGCAUUCGAUCUGAUGCAUGAAGGUGGUUGUCUGCGCUGCGUACUCAGUAUGCAUGAAUGAGAAAAAAGCCCAUAUUUGCUUUAAAUCCAAUGUUUCAUUGUGGAAUAAGAUGUCUUCCUUUCCUGGUUUAUUUUGUCUACUCUUAUACUUCCAGUGCAAAAACUAAGAAAUGUCUGUUCAGCAGCUUGUUCAGUUUGUUGCCUUUCAUUUGCCUUUAAGAUUUUAAAUGAAAUGUCAUUAUGUUGGCUUA